AUGACGAGCAACUGAAUAAAUGCAAUUAAUAAUUAUGAAAUUGAUGACUCUCUGGAGAGUUCUCGAACUCUAGCUACAUCUGAUAGCUCUCCUUUAGUUACCACUUGUGGACAAACAAAAGUUUCCCCAGAUAUCAUGGGAGAUUUUUCAGGCAGUUCAACAACUGAAAUAGCAGUAAGCGCUUGGCUAUAUCAAAUUACCCGUUAG